CCCGCUGCUCCAGAUCUGCGGAGCACCCUCGGAUCCUUCCCUGCCUUGCCAUGGCAGAUCUGUGUGUGCGCGCCGUUAUUGAGAGUGCUGACAACUGACGUCAUGAUUGCUUUUUUGUUCCGUCUAGUGCCGGGUGUGCAGGACGUCCACGGGUGUCUUGCAGCUGGGCCGUCGUCGGGUUUAUCAAAAUCAACACAACCCCAUAUAUCCUAUGCCGGUUCGGGAUCGGCAAUCUGCCUGCUUGCUGCGGGGUUCGUGGUCGGGGACUUGGCCUCACCUUGUCGCAACUUUCAAGUAAUGAGUAUUCUCGCGAGCGCGCCAACAGGCACACCUCAGAAAAUAGGCACAAAGAUACAACUAGGCCACGGUACGGAAUCUAGUAAUUCGGUAAUAGAACUCGAUAAUCCCAAUUUUUUUGUCACGGGCAAGAGGCUGCCAUAGCUUCUUUGCGCAGACAACUCGAAUUAUUUCAGUGCAGCCACCUUGCUCUCUUCGCAAAAACGCAAUGCUAUGCAAAGCAGAAUCCAUGCCAACCAUUCCUUGGCU